AACGCAACUUUACACAAAUUGGAAACUACGCGUUACAGCAGCUAGGUGCAGGCAACAAUAUGAUGGUGAACUCUAACGUUUUUCAAGGUCGCCAACCUAUACCGACAGCUUCAAACUCUGCGAUCCCACCGAUUUCUACUUUUGAAAAAUCCGUUUAUAAUCCUAAUAUAAAUACUGUUAGUAACGUUGGUUUUCAAUCUCAAAAUAGUGUCAAUGGGCCUGAUGUGCAUCGAAGACAAAAUCCGAAACCCUAUGAACCAGCACCUGAACUUAAUUCCAUACAAAAGAAUAAUCUUGAAACUUUUAUUAAAAGAGAUGCCCUUUAUCAGAGAGCAUUGGAUCUUCAACAUCGAAGACAAAUGGCAUUAAUCACAGAGAAACGAAGGGAGAUGGAAAUUGCGCAUAAUGAGAGAAAAACAAAUGCACGUAGUGCUUCAUCAGUUUUCGGUCCAGGUUAUGAUGGGUAUGGAAAUGGGACAACAGGAAAUAAAUUUCGAAUAAUUUAUCCUCAUGAUCGAAAAAGAUUUAAAAAAACCAGAGAAUUUUCGUUUUCUGGAAAACAGCUAGAAGAAAUAUCAUAUAAAGAAGAUUCAUUAGUGCCUAUCAGAUUAGAAAUUGAUUUGGACGGAUAUAAGUUACGGGACACUUUUACCUGGAACAUGAAUGAGACCAUCAUAACACCUGAACAUUUUGCAGAAGUUCUCUGCGAUGACAUGCAUUUUCCAAGUGCAUCAUUUGUGCCGGCAAUUGCAAAACAAAUUCAUGAACAAAUACAAGGAUUUUAUUUGCAUCCUGCAAUAACAGCAUCUUCAUUGCCACCCUUAGCACAAAAUGAAAUAAAUAGCAACGGGUCAUCAUCAUCUUUUUUAAAGAUAAUUGAUAAGUUAAAGAAUUCAAAUAGUGGCGAAAAUAUUAAUGAAAUGGAUAUUGACACCCCAGAAGAAGUUGUUCGCGAUCAAUUUGGUGAUGAUGGAGAAUUAAGAAUUCUAAUUAAGCUCGAUGUCACUGUGGGUAAUAUAUCCUUGGUGGAUCAGUUUGAAUGGGACAUUAAUUGCCAAAAAAAUGAUCCAGAAUUUUUUUCCGAAAUAUUGACGACUGAGCUGGGUCUGGGUGGUGAAUUCAAAACCGCGAUUGCGCAUUCCAUACGCGAACAAGUUCAAAUUUAUGUUAAAUCGUUAAUUCUAGUGGGUCAUCCUUUCGACGGCUCGAAUGUGCAAGAUGAUGAUCUUCGACAGAAUUUCUUGCCGGCGUUAUCAUCUGUAGUGAGGAAAGAAGAACAAGUCGAUCAACAUACACCGAUCUUGGUUGAACUGACCGAGGCUGAAAUCGAUAAGAUUGAAAAAGAUAGGGAACGAGAUGCGAGACGUAAACGACGUCAAACUCGAGGAAGAAGAGGAGUUAUUCUUCCAGAUAGAGAGCCUCCCAAAACUCACAGAACCUUAUUACAUAAUACCAUGCUUAUUCCUGAUCCCGCAGACGAAACUGGCUACAUUACAGUAAUUGCAUCGGGAAUGCCCCCGGUUCAACGUAAAGCAAGCUCUAUGGGCUAUGAUAAUUACUCGGCCAUAUCUGAGAAACCGGCAACACCCGCACCUGGAAAAUUAAGAGGUCGUGGCCGCACAGCAGCUGCGGGAGGCAGUAGCUUACGAGGUGCUAUGUCUGCAGAUAUGCCAGAUUCUUAUACGAAUCGAAGAUCAGGAUCAGCAAGUUCGAGCACGACAAUAAAAGAAUCAAAAGAAUCAACGAAAAGGCAAUAUCGACGUCCAGCAGCAGGUAAUCGCUCAAAACUAUUAGAGCAUCGUGGCUGUCAGCUGGCAGCUGGCGAAUUUUGCUCGAUCAUAUGCGUGAUGUGUAAAACAAGUGAAGAAUGGGCGUGUUUCAAUUGUGGAUGUCCUUCCUCGCAAACUCCGCUAUUACGUAAAGGUCCUAGUGGAGAAAAGACGCUUUGCAAUGCGUGUGGCCUCUACUUUCAAAAGAAUAACACACUCAGACGUACAACAGCCGGUGAUAUGCAGAUGGUUACCUCAACAUCACAAGAAGGCAGUCCGACAAGGGCAUCAUCAUUGUCUGCGGAUUCCUCUUCGAUCGCUCAUCCCAAACCUACUAGAAUAUCUAACAAGACAUCAAUUUCGAAUUUGGAAUCUAUGUCGGACGAAAUGCAGGAAGAUUCUAAAAUAUCCACAUCAAAUAAUGAAAAUCCGGAUGAUAGUAGUUCAUCAAAUAUGUCUAACCGAAAUGUUACUACAGCAUCUUCACAUAAAGUCUCUUCUGAUACUUUAUCUAAUAAAACCUCAAAGAGUAGCCCUUCAAAAUCGACUCGUCGAAAGACAAGUGCUCAUGUAACACUUCCUACAUCUACUUCUGUUUCUCAUAAUUCAUCCGGAUCUUUGCAGUCAACUACAAAGUCAAGCCAUUCGACGUCUGGUGCUAGUUCAAGUUCACGCUCAAUACCAGCUUCGCCCCCAAAUCCAACAAAGCAAUCAUCAUCAAAAACGGCUUAUCCUGAGUGGAUUGUUUUACAGCGAGAUUUACUUGCGCGGAAAUAUCCACGUGAUAGAUUCGACAUCACACAGAGAUCGAACAAGCCUAAUGAAUUCCGUAUAAGAUGUUCUGAUUGCCCUGGAAGACUCUACCAACCAGGUCCCGAUUUAACAUUAAACAAUUUUGAAAUCCACCUGAAAAAUCGGAUUCAUCGUGAAAACGUUGAAAAACGAAUAAAUCAAAAUAACCACGAAGGGGAAACUCACAAUAACACAUCGGAAGGAAAUGCAUCCACAUCAUCAAAGUCUAGAACAUCAAAGCCCCGGGUCGCGAGGCCUGAUUCGCCGAAUGAACAAACAUCAAGUGUGAAUACUACAGGAAGAGGUGAAUGGUCUAGUGUGUAUACUGAAAAAAGGAUUAAAAGAGCUACCAUUGACACUAAUAAUAAUAUUAUUGAUCUCGGUCAUGCGGUUGCUAUAGAAGUUUCCAUUGACAAUCGUAAUGGAGUUCCAGAAACACCUCCGAAUACUACUACUUUGCCCGCCAAGCAAACUAAAGGUCAAUCAUGA